GCCUGGUCCCGAGGACCAUCUCCGUUGUGAGGGUCUGAAGUGCAGCCACCGUGGGAGGGUGGACGGCCAGGCGCGGGGGCUGAACUACCGGGUGACCUUGGCAGGGCCGAUCUGGCUCGGUCGACGUGACGCGCAGAUGAUUUCAAGUCAGGAAACAUUUACUGAGCACCUACUAUGUACAAGAUGAACGUCUGCAACAAGCCCUCCAACAAGACAGCCCCUGAGAAGAGUGUGUGGACAGCGCCUGCACAGGCCAGCAGACCCUCCUUGGAGCUGCAGGGCCAGCGGUCCCGCCGGAAUGGGUGGAGCUGGCCCCCUCACCCGCUCCAGAUUGUGGCUUGGCUGCUGUACCUCUUCUUCGCUGUGAUUGGCUUUGGGGUCCUUGUUCCCCUCCUGCCUCACCACUGGGUGCCCGCUGGCUAUGCUUGCAUGGGCGCCAUCUUUGCCGGCCACCUUGUGGUUCACCUGACUGCUGUCUCCAUCGAUCCAGCAGAUGCCAAUGUGAGGGACAAGAGCUAUGCAGGCCUGCCCAUUUUCAACCGCAGCCAACAUGCACACGUCAUUGAAGACCUGCAUUGCAACUUGUGCGACGUAGAUGUGAGCGCUCGCUCCAAGCACUGCAGCGCCUGCAACAAGUGCGUGUGCGGUUUCGACCACCACUGCAAGUGGCUCAACAACUGCGUGGGCGAGAGGAACUACAGGCUCUUUCUACACAGUGUGGCAUCUGCUUUACUGGGUGUCCUGCUCCUCGUGCUGGUGGCCACUUAUGUCUUUGUGGAGUUCUUUGUCAACCCCAUGCGGCUGCGCACCAAUCGCCACUUUGAAGUCCUGAAGAAUCACACAGAUGUGUGGUUCGUGUUCCUGCCCGCUGCCCCUGUGGAGACCCAGGCUCCUGCCAUCCUAGCCCUGGCUGCCCUACUCAUCCUUCUGGGCCUGCUUUCCACAGCCCUGCUUGGCCACCUGCUGUGCUUCCACAUUUAUCUCAUGUGGCACAAGCUCACCACCUAUGAGUACAUCGUGCAGCAUCGCCUGCCACAGGAGGCAAAGGGGGCCCACAGGGAGCUCGAGUCAUGUCCCCCCAAGAUGCGGCCCAUUCAGGAGAUGGAGUUCUACAUGCGGACCUUCAGCCAUGUGCGCCCAGAACCCCCUGGCCAGGCCAGGCCUGCCACCGUGAAUGCCAAUCUUUCUCAGUUCCUUGCCACCCGAGGCCAAAUGGAGCCCCCCCAACCCUCCUCCCCAGAGACUCUGCCUCCCCGGAUCCGACCCCAGAAAAAGAGGAAGCGGCGUGUGUAUAAGGUGCCAACCUCUGGCACCUCGGAUCGGGAAUCGCCGCUGCCCAGGCUGUCGGGGCCCAGGGGCCCAGGUCGCAGCUCCAGCUCAUCAUCAGAUUCCGCGGGCGCAAGCCCAGUGCAUGCCACUGGACCUGCAGGCGCCUACCACUCGGCGUCAGCAGAGUCCAUGGAUGAGAUUCCAGUGGCGCAGACACGCCUGGGCAGCGCUGCUCUGGCCACCCCUGGAGGCAGGGGCCGAGAGCCGGGGCUGGCGCUGCAGGUGCGUGCGCCCGCUAUUUUCGUGAGCCCAAGCAGCGGCGAGCCCGGGGCGCGGGGCCGUCCAGAGACCGGCCUACCUUAGCAGGGCGGAGAGGCAGGAGGGCCAAGGAGGACUGGCCAUCCCGACUCUCUAUGCAACACCCCCACGCUUGCUGCACCGAGUGCACUUUAGGGGCCCCUAUGGCCAGCGGGAUGGGUCCCCUUCUCCCAUGACUCAGCAAUACCCCCUCCCCCCCAACCGGCCAUGAUGCUCCAAUAAACUUUUUUUUUUUUUAA